AUGCUGGCACUCGUUCGAGCUGCGGUCCUUGUAGGACAUGCGCUCCUGAUCGCACAAGCUGGCUCCGCAGAUGUGACACCGAUUAGCAGUGUCUCAAAUGAUUAUUUUACGCCUGCAAAGACGUUCACGCCCGCCACCACGUUUUCCUCGGUGGUGGAUGGUCAAGUGACCACCAUUUCUGAUCAAGGCCCUACACAGCUCCCGGGUUCCUAUACAUUCACCUAUACCAAGCCGAAUUCCACAGUUAGUGCACCUGAGAAUUCAGCACUGAUGAAGAGCCUUAGUGAGAAGGGGAAUGUGCCAGAAGCAAGUCAGCUUCAGGCAGACCCAGGUGCUCUACAAACGGCACAGGGAGUUGGUCUCGGCGAUGACGGCAUCGUAAGCAAGAGUUUACCGCUCACAGGUGUUCUUGUUGUACUUAUCGCCGUGUGCUCUGGUGCGAUCUUGUUGUAG